AUGGACUCCGCUCGAACAGACCCAGCUCGGACAAUUUUCGAAUUAAAGUCGAAUUUUCUCUGGAGUCAAGUUCGCAUACUAUCCGAAAACCUUGACCUGCCCCACGAGUGGAAGAACUAUGCUGUGGAGACGGAGGAAAGCGAUUUGGGUGAGAAAGUGAUUGAGGAUGUUCUGCACAGAGGUAAUUCUGCUCCACCUUCUAUAAGCUCUCCUUGGAAAAUCGUUUGUUGCAUGGCUGGCUUUGAUGAGCUGUCGUUUACCAAAAAUCCCUGGUCGCUCACCAUAUUCCUAGUCAAUGUUGUCGUAAAGCAACAUAAUCGUGUUGUUUACUCCUCGCAGGCAAUCCACCAUGUAGCCCAACAAAUUGCCAGUCUCUAUCGAUCCUCCAUAAGCCACGGACAGAACCAACAUCAACUGGCAAACAGGGUCGAGAGAACGGCAGACCUCUCGAGACACAUAUUACCCCUAGGCCUAGAAUUUCAAGAUACAAGCGACCAGAAUCAUGCAAGAUAUAAACAACUCCGAGACCAACUCACCAGUUUAGACCAAAUACGUCAGCAGCGCCAAAGACGAUUAAAUCAGGUGCACCAUCUUCGGGGUCUGGUCCGACCAUUCGAAGAGCCACAGACCAAUAUCCAGCCAAAUCUUGUCCUUCGAGACAGUGAGCUAGUUCAGGAAGUGGAAAAAAUGCGAAUGCUGACAGCAAGGCUUGGAGGGCGAAUAGCCCAGCGGGGGAAAGCGGGUAUUAGAAGCAAUAGGGAAGAUGGCCAGCAAUAUCUACCUCCUGGGUCAGACCAAAGACUAGCGCUUCUAUUAGAUUCAGACCCAUGA